GAGAGUUAUUGGACAGCGGUAGUGGGAGAGUUUGACCUCAAAAAAACUGACCCUGAUGAGCAGAUCAUGAAAGUCAAUCGCAUCAUCACUCAUCCGAAGUUUAACCCAAAGACGUUUAAUAACGACAUUGCUCUGGUGGAGCUGAGUUCUCCAGUUAUUCUGUCUGAACGGGUCACACCUGUCUGCGUGCCCUCUGACCUCGACCCACCGGCUGGUACACCCUGUUUGGUGGCUGGCUGGGGCUCUCUAUAUGAGGACGGACCCUCUGCAGAUGUGGUGAUGGAGGCGAAAGUGCCACUGCUGUCUCAGACCACCUGUCGCAGUGCACUGGGGAAGGAGCUGCUCACGAAUACCAUGUUCUGUGCUGGGUACCUCACUGGAGGUAUCGACUCAUGCCAGGGUGAUUCCGGAGGGCCGCUGAUCUUCCAGGACCGUUUAUCGGGACGGUUUCAGCUCUUUGGCAUCACCUCUUGGGGGGAUGGCUGUGGGGAGAGGGGAAAGCCUGGUGGUUUACACACGGGUCACCGCCUUCUCUGA